AUGAUGCAGCUACUUGUACAAGUACAAGCAUUUCCAGACAAAUUGAAGACCUUUGUCAUUCAGCAGAUUCCCAGCAGUAACCUCUUCAUGGUUGUCGUGGACAACAAAUGUGAUUGUAGCUCCAUCUCUUCAGUUACCAUGGAGCCUAUUGAGAUCAUGUACAACGAGUCUCUGAAGUGUGAGCGCCUGAAGUUCCAGAAGGACAGGAAGAAACCAGACUCCUGCCACCCUUUCCAUCCUGAGGAGAAUGCAAGGGAGUGUGGAGGCGCCUCGUGUCUCUCUCCCCACCUCACAGCUGCUCUGCUCCCGCUACUGAUCCCCCUCAUCACCAGGUGACCUUCUUGGACCCACGCUGACCUGUGAAGGCCACCUAUCAGAGAACACCAUACAGAUGACUAAUAUCAGAUGCCACCUAUCAGAGAACCCCAUACAGAUGACUAAUAUCAGAUGCCGCCUAUCAGAGAACACCAUACAGAUGACUAAUAUCAGAUGCCACCAGUCAAAGCCAACCAUGUUAAUAACCUACAAUGGAAGCCGCUAAUCAGAGCACAUCACGCUUAACCAAGAGCAAACGGUGACCUCUAUGCAUAGAAAGCCUUGCGGAUUCGGAGGGAGAUUUCCAAUUAGAGCUCACUUUGCUGUGAACAUAUAGACGAAACUGCCAUCCAGAGAGCUCAUCGCUGUAGGGAAGGACAUCUACUAGAGAGAUCUUUCAAAAACCUCUUUGUUACUCACUGUGGGCCAUAGCUCUGCUGUUUGGUCAGACUGACUUUCCAAACUGGAAUACCAUUUAGACACCGAUUUGGACAGAAUAUGUAAGAAAAGUGUAUCAAAUGUUACAACCAGCACCAUUAAGGCUGAUAUGACAGUCUGUAGGAAUGACGUUUUGCCUUGAAUG